CUAAUGUCUAAUUCCUUAAAAUCCCUCUGCCAUAAAUAAAAUCCAAAGGGGGCUAAAGGGAAUGAAUGGGAUAGAGGGCAAAAGACAAGCCCCUACGCCCCACAAAAACUGGGUUAUCAAAGCAAACAUAUCGGUCUGCAUUGGAUUGCUUUAGAAUCCUACAAGGGCUUCACGAAAAUGGGGAUUCUAUAAAACGCGGAGAAAUUGAUCACAAGCUUCGUAAAUUAUUCUUUCGUCUUGUACAUUUAAAAGAGCUCUAUUAUAGUUAUUUUAGGUCAUUUUUCAUUGUCGUUGAGAUUUGAUUGCUGAAGGAUCUGGGAUUUAUUAGAUUGUUUCAAAGAGUUUGAAACUAGUUUCUGUGAGGUAUACAGUACACUGAAGAUAACAUUCAUGGAUCUAAAUCUGGAUUUGGAGCGGUUUUUCAUAGAUGUUAAUAUGAAAGAUGAAAAGAAGUGUGUUGGUUUUAAGGAUGUUGGAGGUAAAAACUGUGGUGUUGGUGAAAAAUAUGGUGUUGUUAAUGAGUUAUGUAUCGGCAUUACAGAAGAUAACAAAUUGAUUAGAAAGAGGAAGAAAGAGUCAUAUCUGGCAUUGUUGGAUUGGGUGAAAAAAGUGGCUAUAAAUCCUUGUGAUCCUGCAAUUGGAUCGUUGCCUGAAAGGUCUAAGUGGAAGGCUUAUGGAAAUGAGCAUUUAUGGAAACAGGUUCUGUUGGCGAAAGAGGCAAUGUAUUUGAAGAUUAAUGAUGAUUCGAACUCUAAACAAUCUAUUUGGCAGAAAAAGCAAAAGAUGCAUCCAGACAUGUAUGAGGAUGAAACCAAGAAACUGAUACCAAGAUGCAGCCAAAGAAUCAUUAUCGCCAAAGAAACCCAGAAAAUCUUUCUAUCUAGAAACCCAAGCCCAAACGUUCUAGAAUGUUCCGGGUCGUUUGACAGCUCGAGUGAUGUAGAUGACAAAGAUUCCUUAUGGGCCAUGAAUUAUAGGAAAAAACGAAUCCCACUGGGUCGGUUUUUUCAGGCGGAAGUUCCACAAUGGACUGGGGAAACUUCCGGAAGCGAAACAAGGUGGCUUGGGACCCGCGUUUGGCCUUUAGAAAGCACCGAAAAAAGAAACGGUUUAAUCGAAAUGGAACGAAUGGGAAAAGGGAGACAAGAAUCGUGCGGGUGUCAGUACAUGGGAUCAUUAGAAUGCGUGCGGUUUCAUGUGUCUGAAAAAAGAUCGAGAGUUAAACUUGAACUGGGGUCCGCUUUUGUGAAAUGGAAAUUUGGAACAAUGGGUGAAGAGGUUUCGGUUGCCUGGAGUCAACAUGAAGAAAAAAAGUUUGCAGAUAUAAUUAAGUCAAACCCCGAGUCUUCGGGUAGAAGUUUUUGGGAUGAACUUUCGGUUUAUUUCAAGAAUAAAAAGAAAUCGGUUUUGGUGAGCUAUUAUUUUAAUGUCUAUUUAUUGAGACGUAGGGCCCACCAGAACCGGUAUGAUCCAAGUAAUGUUGAUAGUGAUGAUGAUGAACUUGAGAAAGUUGGGCUCGAGGUAAAAAUUUCAAGUUUUUGAAGGUUGAUCGAUAUUUGGGUUGGUCCGUUGGUUGGUUAAAAAUGUGAGAAUUUUGGGGCAAAAUUUUGAAAUUGUUUUUGUUGACGGGUGUAUAUGGAAAAGAGGCAUAGGUUGUUGAGGGCUUUGAUGCUUGCAUGUUUUUGGUACAUUUAUUCAAGUGUAGGCAACAUUGCUUUGUUACUCUUGUUUUUGGUUAUAAUUUUUGGUUCUAUACUUAUAUAAGUUUUAGC